AUAAAUGGAGUCUCACAGACACGGAGUGAGUGGCUCUUCUCCAGACUCCAGUAGAAUACAACAGGGCUACAACAUGCGGCAGCCUAGGCCUGGUCCCAGAGGCAGCCCUCGACCUCACAGCGACAGCAGCAGCAUGUUCGGGGUUAGGGUACAAGUUCAGGGAAUUGAGGGUCUUCCUUACGUUGUGUUGAACGGGGAUAGUAGAGCAGCUCUGCCAUCUGGUGGCCUGGAGAGCUACAGCAGGAACUGGGACCACCAGGAAGUGUUUGUCAAUGCCCACAGCCAGUCUGAGUACACCUUCAUGGUGAAUGAUGGCCGAUCUUCAUUCGGUACUCCCAAUGUGGAGCGAUCUUCAUUCGGUAGUCCCAAUGUGGAGCGCAGACCUCCCAACCACCAGAGGGAGUAUGCUCGUAGAGGUGCUCUGACUGAGGUUAAGGAGUCACAGAAGAUUCCGCUGGCGUCCGCUGCGUUCAUGUUCGACUUCCAGGAGUCACAUUUACAGCAGUCACAGAGGACCGUGCCGACAUCUAACACGGUGUUGAACUUCCAGAGACACCCAGAGCUGCUGAAACCCUACAACCCAGAUAGGAACAGCCUCAGCCCCCUCCUAGCCUCCACCCGAAGACUCUCUGUUCCGCCCACUCAGACAGCCUCUGUACCUAGGCCGGGACAUCUCACCACAUCUCUCCAGAGUGGGGCAGAGGCCACCCUGAUCCAGGCAGCAGGGUCUAGACCAGGAGCAGCCAGGAUCCCUCUGCCUGCUGGGGGUGUAGAGUGGGCCCCCACCCCUGUCUCGGCCACCAGCCAAACCCAAUGCCCAGGCCCUGUCUCAGCCCCCACCCAGACCCAAUGCCCAGGCCCUGCCCCUGUCUCAGCCCCCACCCAGACCCAAUGCCCAGGCCCUGCCCCUGUCUCGGCCCCAGCGCCCCACCACUCUUCUUUGGCCACCUUACUAAGCCCCCCAAACAAGGUCACCAACAUCCCCAGAAGAUCCCCAAACUCAGUGUACACAGAGCCCAUCUCCUCCAUAGGUAGCCUGAUCAACCAGUUCGACAGCCCCCAACAGAUGGGUCGAGCUGGGCCUAGGAGAGGGAGGAUAGCCCCUGAGGACCGAAGGAGGUCACGUAGCGUGGACAGCAGACAACAGUGUCACUCAUACCCAUUGGACCCCUCCAGCCCUGCCUCGGUCAUCAGAGGGGCCAGGGGAGAGACUCCAGGCGGAUCCACCAGCGCCCCAGGGUCACCUAAGGUGAGAGGGGCCAAAGGACCCUCCACUGUGAUGUUUAAUAGACUACAGUGGGAGGAGAAGGAGCCUAGCGGGAGGUCAUCCAGAGCGGUGAAUGUGCUGUACGGAGUGGAGGAGACCUCCAUGACCAGAUCCAGGUCUCUCAACCACACGGAGGAGGAGUCAGAGAGAGACAGUCAGAUCAUCACUCCAGAUCUUCUGGGAGGUCAAAGGGGUCAGCACGAGGUCUCAAUUGAACCACAACCAAAUGAAGACACCGCCAAAAAGAUACUGUUCACUUACCUCAAUGAUGGGACUACUGAUAAAACCUCAAUCACUGAGAAGAAGGUGAACCUGGUGUUUGACAGAAUCAGCCAACUGAAGUGGAAGACUGCAGAGAACGUGGAGGAGGAGAUCAGGGAUUAUACUGCGAAGGCCAAGGAGACGAAGGAGGCCAAGGAGACGAAGGAGCUUCAGAUGACAGGAGCAGAGCUGGAGAGAGAGGUGUCACAGCUGAAGACACAGCUGGAGCAUAAGACCAUGAGUGGUCGGAGUCUGGCGGAGGUGUGUUACAAGGCCCAGACAGACAUGAAGACUAUUCAGGAGGAACUGGACAGGAGACAGGAAGAACUCUCUACGCUACGGGAUAGGCUGGCUCAGAUGGAGGCGGAGCUCGAGGUCGCCAUAGAGGAGCUAGUCCGGGUGAAGACUGAGAGAGAGCAGGGCCGUACAGAGAUGAAGGACCUUCAGCAGCAGCUGUCUGAGAUGCAUGAUGAGCUGGACCAGGCUAAGAACACAACACAGGCACACGGCACAGAGAAACAGCUCCUUCUAAAGGAUCUGGCCCAGCUGCGGUUGGACUUCCAGGGGCUCAUUCAGGUGCAGGAGGAGCAGGAGGAGGUGCUACACUGGAGGGAGAGAGAGCUGACUGCCCUGAAGGGAGCCCUGAACGAGGAGGUGGAGAGUCAUGACAAGGAGCUGGGCAUUAUGAAGGAGGUGCGCGACAAGGAGGUGCAGAAGCUCAGAGAGGAAGUUGAGGAGGUGAAAGAGAGUAACACAGUACUGGGCCAGGAGAAGAGGGAGAUGGAGGAGGAGAGAGGGGAGGCACGGGGACAGGUGAAUCAGCUGAUGCAGGAGAGGGAGGAACUGAGGGGACAGGUGGAGGAACUGGAGAGUAGGGUGGAGCAGCUUAACCUCGUCAUCAAGGACUCCAAAACCCUGCAGAGACAGCUGGUGAAAUGCAUAGAGCAACUCAAGAGGGAGAAACAGCAGGUUGAGGAGACUCUAGAGGAGGUGAGGGAGAAGGAAGAGGAGAUGUCCCAGGCAAACAAAGCCCUUCUCGUACGUCUGGAGAAUGUACAGAGUGAGAUGACCCAGCUGAACCACCAGCACAGGGAGAUGAAGGAGAGGCUGAAGGAGGAGACGAGAAGAACAGAGGAGUUGAAGAGGAUGAAGAGUGAUCUGGACGAGGAGAGGAGACUGCAGAACAGCACUGUGGAGGAACUGCAGAAGGAGAUGAGUACUAUAGUAGAGGGCUGUGAGGUGUCCACUGAGAAGCUCCAGCUCCAGGUUGAUGGAGUCCGAGAGAAGAGCCACUCCGCGCUGUCUGAGCUCCAACAACAGCUGCAGGAAAAGGGAGUGGAGUUGGAGAAAUCCCGACAGACUGCCAGAAAACUGCAGGAAGAGCUGCUUCCCCUGGAGCAGGGUCUGGAGCGGGGUCGUAGGGAGUGGGAGGAGGCCCAGCAGAGAGGCAGACAGCUGGAGAGGAAGGUGGAGGAGCUGGAGGAGAGGAAUGCACACGCCCACGAGGACCACGCCCGACAGGUCAAACUCAUGGAGGGUGAGGUGAGCCAUCUGGAGCGUGAUCUGAGUGAGGAGAGGAACAGUGCAGAUCUCCUGAUGGACAGAGUGGACCAAUGGAAACAACAGAUGGAGCUGAUAAGAGUUGAGCUGCUGCAGGAGAGUGCAGUCAAACAGGACCUGGAGUGUGACAAGAUCACUCUGGAGAGACAGAAUAAGGAUCUGAAGAGCAGGGUGUCUCAUCUAGAGGGCUCCCAGAGGUCCAACCAGGAUGUUGUGGUCUCCAGGCUGGAGGGAAGGGUCCAGGAGCUGGAGGGGAGGCUGGAGGGAGAGGAAAGAGACAACAUCAACCUGCAACAAGCCAACAGGAAACUAGAGAGAAAAGUGAAGGAGAUGACGAUACAGGUGGACGAUGAGCACAUAUCUAUGCAGAACCAGAAUGACCAGUUGAACCAGAGGCUGAAGAGUGUGAAGAGACAGAUGGAUGGGGCUGAGGAGGAGAUAGAGCGACUGGAAAACUCUAAGAGGAAGUUACAGAGAGAUCUGGAUGAACGGAUAGAGACCAAUGACCAGGUCCUCAGCCAGCUCAACACCCUGCGCUCAGAGAUGAGGCGUAAGCAACAGAAAUCCGCACCGCUUGAUGUCAACACUGACUGACUGACUGACUUCUGCUACUCCUUGGUGACAUGUUGUAAUGCACUGACUACAGCGUGGUGGGGGAAAAUACAAGCAGUCAAGUCCGAUAUUUCCUGAUAUUUCUCACAAAGGGUUGGUAAAGCACUGUGAGGACUUGGGAAUGAAAAGUAUGACAGAAGUUUCUCAUUAACGAUAUUUCACCUGUACAACUCAACUGUGGGCUCACCUGGUGAUUUCAUAACCUUUUGCUCUAGACUGACCUCUAGUGGGUAUUCUAUAACUACAGAGUUCCAUGGAGUUCCAUAAGAAAGAUCACUAAUAAAAAAAGCAAUGUUU